UUAUCUGCAAAAGUCAAAAAGGGUCUUAAAUGGAAAGACGUUGCAAAUACAAUUGGUUUAUCAAAAGAGUGGACAACCGCAGCUUGCCUUGGACAGAUGACAUUAAACAAAACGCAAGCUGAACAAAUCGGUAAAAUUUUUGAACUAUCAGACGAAGCCAUCGCAUGGUUACAAAUUGUGCCACAUAAAGGUUCAUUAUCUGGUGCACCAACCGAUCCAUUAAUUUAUCGUUGGCAUGAACUUGUGAGUGUUUAUGGUGACACUAUCAAAGAGUUGAUCCAUGAAGAGUUUGGCGAUGGGAUCAUGAGUGCAAUUGAUUUUUCAAUGAAUAUGAAGAGAGAACCCUGA